UCUCAGAAUCUGGGAAUAGCUGUUUGUUGCAAUCUGCUGUUAAGAUUGACGAUAUUCUGCAAAAGGCGCAGAGCACCAUAACUGAGAAGAAAGACUGCAUAAUCCAGAUUCCUAGAGAAGAAAAUCAAGAAAAUAUACAGAUUCCUACUCAGGGGAAAGAAGAUUCCUGGGCUUCGUUCCUUAAUAAACCUUUACUGCUGCACAGUCCUUUCUUCUGUACUGCUUAUGGGCAGCACUGUGACGGCCACUCCACUGCGAGACUACAGACUACUCUGCUAGAUGCUUUGACUUUGGAACUUCUAAGGACAAGACAGCAGAGCACAAGCUGUUGUUUUAAACCACUGCCACUGUAUCAGCACCGGGAAGCAUGCGUGAAGCGUGCGAGUGAAAAGAGAGAUGCUAGUGAAGUGAAUGAAGAAAAUGUAGAAUGGCCAGCGAUCUUAACCAGUGAUGAAAGCACCCAGACAGAUCCAGAAGACGAUGAGAGAAGUCAGGGCUCAGUGACACAACGUUGUGCUGCUCCUAACACAGAGAGGUCAUCAGAAGAUAAGGAGUUGCAGUACUUGCAUCAGGAAUUGAGCGAGAGUCUUACCGAGCAGCUAGCUCAAGAGCUCGCCAGUCCAGCUCCAGAGCUCUCCAGUCCAGCUCCAGAGCUCUCCAGUCCAGCUCCAGAGCUCGCCAGUCCAGCUCCAGAGCUCGCCAGUCCAGCUCCAGAGCUCUCCAGUCCAGCUCCAGACCUCACCAAUCCAGAUCCAGAGCUCACUAGUCCAGCCUCCUGGGCCCCCAGACCCAGGUACCCUCCUCCGUUCCAGACCAUGCCCAUCCUCCCUGAAGAAGAAGAGGAGGAAGAAGCAGCAAAGGAGCAGGACAGGCCCCCCCCCUCUCCACAGGUUGUAGCUGUUGAAGCCAGAAUGGUCAGUACGCCCUCGAUUGUCCUUCCUAAGGAAGCUGUCACUGCAGAUCAGGAGACUAAUGCACUUUCACAGAGCAGACCCCACAGCCCAAGACAUCGGCAUCGGAGUUCUUUUUCUUCAGUGAGCUCCAUCACCACAGUUGAUAGCACAGGCCAUGUGAUUGACCUGGUAAAAGACCAACUACCAGAUGUGAAGCUCUCAGACAAAGACACAAAGAAGAAUCUGGAGCUGCUUGAGGAAGCAAAGAAGGUCAGUGAGCGAUUCUUCAUGCGGAGAGGUCGACGGUCAACCUGCAGCCUAUCAGAUUCUCCAACAGGUGUCUCUCCCACUCUCACUCCAAGGUCCUCCCCAGUGCCUUCACGAAGUAGCUCCCUCACUCAGCCCCCCCAGAUUGCCUCAGAUGGAACUGCAGUUAAUUCUGCUGGGUCCUCACCCACGCCUCAGCAUCUGGAUGUUCCCAGUGCUAGAGGACAGACAGACAGUAUAGGGCUGGAUACUGAGAGCUCCGGAAAGGGACUGUUGGAUCGACAAGUCAACGAGCAAUGGAAGAUUUCUCAAGGAUUGCUUUCACCUCGGCCUGGCUCCCAUGGAAACUCCAAAGAAGUGCUGUCGGAACAAAAAGAGAACUGUGAUUCCCAACUCAUCCCUCCAAACACUGAGAGCAGGAAGCUGUGUGAGUCCCCCGCCAGGGUACAGAGAUCUGUGGAGUACAAUGACUGUCCCUUGGAGAACACUCAACCGCAGAAAUCUGCUGCCGGGGCUCUGAACCCCGGCCUGAAGGCCCCGACUAAAGCCCACAAGAACCCCACAGGCGCCUGUACAGCAGAACUCAAGUCCUUUGGUUCUGGCCCGGCUCUCAUGAGAGCUGUGUCUUGGGAUGGCAUGGAGCAGGCAAGCUUGAGAAAUGGAGCCCAGGAUUUGUCCACCAUGACUGACAAGAGUUUUACUUUGUAUGACAAAUCCGGUAGUCAGCUGCUAAAAUCUACAGGGUACAAGGACUUCCCCGUGCAGCCAGUCAAAACGCAGAAACUAGUCAAGCUGAGAGAGGAAAAUAUGUUAUUGCGAAACCAAACCAUGGCUGGAUUAAAGUUGCCGGAUCUCAGUGAAACAGCUGAACAGGAAAGAGGCCCUUCUUCCCUACCUUCCCUUCCUCCGCCUAUAGAAGAGGAACUCAAAGAAAAACCUGAUGUCAUGCCCAACAUUUCUGAUGUCAUGCUUCGCAAACUCAAAGUCCUCAGAUCCCUACCUGGCAGGGAGGUACUUUGGUUUGUCGAAAAAUUGAGAAAAGAGCUGGUCUCUUCAGGAUUGUUGAUUGCGCCUCCCCUCACAGAAAAAGAAAUUGAGAAUGCUUUUGUCCAGCUCUCCCUGGCAUUUCGAAAUGACAGCUACACUCUGGAAACAAGACUGCGCCAAGCAGAGAGAGAGAGAGCCCAGACUGAGGACAACACUGACAAGGAGCUGGAAGAUUUCAAAAGAGUCAUUAAGGGUUCAAUUCUGCAAUGGCAGAACUGUGAGCAACGGGAAUCCUAUCAGAGGCUGUUGGAGACGAUAGCAGUGUUCCAUCGUCUAGCAUCCCGGCUGUCCAGUCGAGCGGAAAUGGUUGGCGCUGUACGACAGGAAAAACGGAUGUCAAAAGCUACUGAAGUGAUGAUGCAGUAUGUGGAAAAUUUGAAGAGAACGUAUGAAAAGGAUCACGCAGAACUUAUUGAGUACAAAAAGCUGGCAAACCAGAAUUCAAGUCGUUACGGAGCGAUUGACAGUGGGGAAGAUGGUGUGCCUCGUGCGUCCAGAUCUAUGUCUCUGACCCCAGGAAAGGCCUUGCCACGCAGAAGGGUCAGCGUUGCUGUGGUCCCAAAAUUCAACUUGCUGAAUAUUCCUAACCAGUCCCCCGGGGCCAUGACCAACACGUCAUUACCUUCAUUGUGUGAGGUGAACAGUGGGAGAAACCGUGCACCUACAAGCCCAGUUCAACCACCUACAGCCGAGAAUGGAAAAGCAAGUCAGGACCAGGAAAAUGCAACUCCUGUUCUUGCCUCGCCUCCAAGCAGCCGGGAUGAAAUCAGGUCGGAGAUAAAAGUCAAGAGUGAGGAAGACGCCUACAAUAAAGGGUACCAAGAAGGAUUAAAGAGAAGUAAAGAACUACAGGAAGUGAAGGAAGAGGAGGAGAAAUUAGAUGAAAGUAAAAAAGAAGCAGAGGAAAAGGAAAAAGAAUUGGAAAUGGAAAAGGAAAUAGAAAAUAAAAAAAGCAGCAAAUUUAAAGAAGCUCUGGAUUAUAUUGACAGACUGUGUCCAAAGGUUUACAGACAGCAUCGUUUGGUCUGGAUUAUCGCGGCUGUUGUGCUGAUCCUGGCUUUCGUAGUUAGCAUUUUCACAUCCUAUAAUAACUCCAGCACUGAAGUCGCCGACACUUCUCCCGGAAAGAGCGCGUGCUCCGGCAAAAAGCAGUACUUUGGGUGGAAUGUAGGACUGCAGCAAAGGAACCCAACACAAGAAUAACACAGAAGAGUCAUUCAUAAGCUUUGCAGAUGCACUGUAACUAACAUCAAGAAGAUGGGUUACCCAUCCAAAUGGGUACUGUAGUAUAAUACCAAUUACAGUAAUGAUACAAAUAAGAAAAUAUAAGCUGCUUAUUCAGUACCCUGAUCAAUUACACAGGUUUACUGGGGCAGAGGGACCAACUUAAUGAGGAAUUUAUCUUGUCCUACACCCAGAGCUUUUGACAGAUAUUUUGAAGACUCCCGCAAUGUUUAAAGACUUUUUUUUUUUAAAUCACUGCCUUGUUAUCAGCUCUCUAAAGCUGUUGCCUUGUUUUGGUCAAAGAAAUAGGAUUGUCUAGAAAUAUUGUUGGACAGACAACCCAAAUUCAUGAUCAGCUGUCUCAGGUUAGAUAAGGACUGAGUUUCAAGGCAGUGAUGUAUUGAGGUUUUUUUGUUAUUUUUUACUUUCAGAGAGGUAAAAUGUUAUUUUGUUAGAUACAAAAUUCUAUAUUGUCUAUUUAAGUGGAGUAACAGUUUAAGGAAAAGCACAUUUACAACAGGAUAUUUCAAUUACAGUAGUAGUUUUUAAAGUGCAAUAUUUUCGUAGUAGAAAUACAGAACUGGUUGGAUUUAUUCACAUCGCUGGUUUUUAUCAGUAGAAGAGGUUGAUUAUAAAGGAGCGCUAUUUUUGAUUCGCAUGAGAAUAUUUAAUUUUUUUUAUAUCAUUGUAAAACUUUGCACAUGUGUGCUAGCAUUGUACUGUAUAGUGCCUCAUACUUGAGUCUUGAAAUAAAGAUGCCUUGAAACCUCUUUUCUUAAGCAAUUCCUUGAGCUUCUUACUGCUAUCAUUUUGUAUGACUAAAAAUGUAAAGAACAAACUACACACGAAUCAUACGAAAACUAUCUGGCAAGGUAGCAUCAACUGUAAAACACCUACCAACAUGCAUUUUUAUACUGCACGAUUGUCAGAUUUCAGAAACUAAGAGCUUUGUUUGUACUUGAAAGAGAAUAUCAGGGGUUUUGUUUCAUCUCUGGCUGUCUGUAAGUCUGUCUGUCUAUUCAUCGAUCUAUUUUUUUAUGAUUUCUUAUUUAUUUACUUAUUGGCUUGUUUAUUUUCAAGACUAAGUUUGAUAUUGUUAUUUCAGUCAUCUUUGUUAUAGAUUGUCUUGUUAGAUUCUUCAGCUGGUGGCGUUGGGAUGAAUGGUGGGAGGAUAGGGUGUUGUGUAAGUGCUUCAAUUGAUGUGUUUGUUUAUAUAUACUGCAAUAAAAACUCUAAAUGAU